UAAGAAGGCCAUGCUCUUUAGAAAAAAGUGGCCAUUAACUUACAGUAUUAAUUAACUCAGCAUUGACUUGCAGUAUUGAAUUUAUUUAAAAGUCUAUACCAAACUUACCCAAAAAUCAUAAGCUCGUGGAUCACGGGGAAGCUGUCACCCUCAAUCCUCAUCUUCUGUGUUUUACAUUAUCCAAUCCCUUUCUUUGAAACAUAUGGUCCAGUCCAAGCAUGGUUUUCUUGACCAUCUUUUCUCUCCUCUCCCUCAUCAUGUUCCUCUUCCAGUCCCCCCAACUCACGGCGACAGCCAUCUCCAUCCAUGAAAUUCUCCCUUCAUUCGGGCUCCCAAGGGGCCUCUUACCCGACGCAGUCAAGAACUACACCUUCUCUGCUGAAGAUGGCAGCUUCAUGGUGGAACUUGAAAAGCAGCCUUGCUAUGUGCAGUUGGAUGAGUACUUAGUCAGCUACGACGAGCUCAUAUUAGGUACCCUCAAGCUGGGAUCAAUCACUAACUUGGAGGGAGUUCGGGUGAAGUGGUUAUUGCUAUGGCUCAAACUUGAUGAGAUUAAGGUUGAUUUGCCUCCUAAUGAUAACAUUUACUUGCAAUUUGGUCUUGUCAACAAGAAAGUUGAUGUUCAUCAGUUCCAGACCAUUCAUUCUUGUAGUUCUCGGCAUUUGUGGAUGUUCAAGGUGCAACGGUUUCCAACUCAAGUUGAUGAAAUGCCAAAUUAUGUUAUUGAAUGAAUAGUGUCAACUACUUCUUAAAGGGUGUAUUAAUCAGAUAUUCUAAUGCAUGUGCUUUUAUAUACACUUAAUAAUUCGCUCAUUUAAUAAAAUGCAUAUGAAAUCUUUUGCCCACUUUUUAAAGCGACUUUAGAUAAUGAAAAAGAAGUGUAUAGGUUCAAUAUUCUAUACAUCGUACAAAUGCAUUUUAAGUUUAAUAAUUAUUGUAUUAAUAUCUAAUUGAUCAUAUUAUAAAGCGAUUUUUUUGUAUGCAAGUAUAUCCAGUAAUUCAGAGCCUACUAGACUCACUAAUCUAGAUUAGAGCUGCAAUAAGCAUCUCCCGGGAAGAAAACUCUCUUAACAACUAGAUUUGCUCAAGUACUUGAUACCUAGGUUAAACUAGAACAACUUUGUAUCAAACUACCGAUUGACCUAUGCACUCUUUGAUAUAUUAAAACCGAUUGAUGUCAUGAAUAAGAUAUUUUUAUAGUGGAGUAAAACAACAAAUAAAAUAUUGUAUCCAAGAUUAUUGACACCAAAACUUGAUCUACCUUAACAUAGCGUAUAAGCAAGCCCUGUGUCUACAGUAGUCAACACUUGUUACAUAUUUCAUGCCUCUCUAACCUCUCUAUCCAUGGCUGCUCUUUCAUGGAGUCCUCUCCCUUCAAUCUCUCUCCUCAUCAUCCUUUCUCUCUCCUCCCUCUGCAUCUCUAAUCCUGACCAUCCAUCCAACCCCAUCAACGGCUCACAAGACAUCCAUGACAUCCUCCCAGAAUUCAACCUUCCAAAGGGCAUCAUCCCAGAUGGAGUCAAGUCAUACACCCUCUCUAAUCAAGACGGAAGCUUUACUGUAAAUAUGGAACACCCCUGUUAUGUCAAAUUCCUCGACGAACAGCUCGUGUACUAUAACAAGGUCAUCAAGGGGAAGCUCAGUUAUGGUAAAGUGUCCCAUGUUUCUGGAAUUCAAGCCAAGAAGCUCUUCAUCUGGGUCCCGGUUUCGGGUAUGGAAAUGGAUACGGACACUGGUAUGGUUGAAUUCUAUGUUGGAGCUUUCAGUCAGAAAUUUCCUGCUCAACAAUUUGAGGCUAUACCCUCUUGUAUGAAAAAGGAAGCUUCCUCUACAUCAAUUAUUAAGUCAAGAUCAUUCUGGGUCAACAACUACAACUUUCUUUAAAUCCUAUCUUUCUAUUUCCUGCCUGAGUAAUCUUACUGUACUUUAUUAAAUUUAAUAAGGAAAUUAUUUAACUUUGUUUUCAAUGUA